AUGGAAGAAGGAGAAAGCAAACAGAGGCAAGGUGCAGGGACCUUGGAGAUUGGAUCAGCAGCGGCUGGAGCGGGCGGGGAGAAAGAGCGAGAGGCAGCAGACGGCCUAGGGACGAGCGACCCUCCGCCGCGCACCUACCCUCGGUACAAUGUCCAGGGAUUCGCCGCUCGCCGCACAGCACAGCCGGACACACUGCAAUGUAUUUUUGCUGCAAUGAUUGAUUAUAGGGCUUUGCUCUGCAAAGCUCAGCUCAUAGAUGGUUCGGGCAGAGACCGCGUUUUCACCCUAGCGGGAGCGCACACUCACCUGAUCCGCGCUGAGAGCGCUGAAAGGCGGCGGAGGGUCCCGAUCGAGCCGCGGAGAGAGGAGGAGAGCGACAGCAACUUUCCGCGGGCAGCCUUGUGGGAGAGGUCUGGCUCUGAUCAGCCCAAUGUGACCCGUGACACUUUUCGCCAAUACCUCCAGCAACGUCCUGACCAGACUGUGCUGAUUCUGCACGCUAAGGUUGCUCAGAAAUCAUAUGGGAAUGAAAAAAGGUUUUUCUGUCCUCCACCAUCUGUCUACCUGUCUGGUCCAGGAUGGAGAAUGAAACAUGAGCAACUGAAAUUAUGUGGUCUCAAUGAAUCGAGCUGUAGGCUCUGUGGGUACAUGGGGCUGGAUAGUAUGACCAACAAUCAAGAAGCUGCAUUGAAGAUCAACUUUGAAGAACAGCCGGACUCCAAGAAAUUUGGCUGUGCUAAAGCACUGUACAUAUCUGAUGCUGACAAACGUAAACACUUUCGGAUAGUUUUAAGACUCUUCCUCGGGAAUGGCCAAGAGGUCGGGACCUUCUACAGUAAAUUCAUCAAAAUCAUCUCGAAGCCUUCCCAGAAGAAACAAUCCAUUAAGAAUGCAGACUUAUGUAUCCCUUCAGGUUCCAAAGUGGCUUUGUUCAAUCGUCUGCGAUCUCAAACGGUCAGUACACGGUACCUGUGUGUAGAGGGGGAAGAGUUCAUCGCUAGUGCCAGGCAAUGGGCAGCUUUCACUCUGCACUUGGAGAAUGAUCAGUGUCAGAGGGGAGAUUUCUGUCCUCGGGAUGGAUAUAUCAGAUAUGGAUCAGCUGUCAAAUUAGUUUGCACCACCUCAGGAGUCUCCCUACCGAGCAUGAUCAUUCGGAAGGUGAACAAGCAGUAUGCAGUGCUGGAUGUGGACGAACCUGUCUCUCAACUUCACAAGUGCGCCUUUCACAUCAAGGACACCAACAGGAUGUACCUCUGCCUGUCCAACGAGAACAUCAUACAGUUCCAGGCGACCCCUUGCUCCAAGGAAGCCAACAGGGAAGUGUUGAAUGAUGGUGCAUGCUGGACAAUUAUUGGCACUGAGACUGUGGAAUAUACAUUCAGUGAGAGCCUGGCACAACUUCACAUUCCUGUCACUCCCAUUCCCAUCAUCAGCAGCCUUGAGCUGAAUGGAGGAGGUGAUGUAGCAAUGUUAGAAGUACAAGGGGAAAGCUUCAGCCCAAAUUUGAAAGUGUGGUUCGGUGAUGUGGAGGCAGAAACAAUGUACAGAAAUCCCAAAUCGGUGAUCUGUGUGGUUCCUGACAUCUGCGCGUACAGCAGUGAGUGGCGUUGGCUUCGACAGCCCAUCACAGUCCCCCUCUCUCUGAUGAGGAGCGAUGGAAUCAUCUUCUGCAGCACUUUUACCUUUACCUACACGCCAGAGCAGGGCUGCUUUCCCAGCCAGAGAGUGGUCCGAGAAAUCCCAGAGGGGUCUGACAACUUUCUGAACACUAUCCAUCAGGAAUUCACUCGAACCAACUUCCACCUCUUCAUGCAGAGCUAACAGCCAAAGAAACCAGUGUCCUCAGCUGCCCUUAUACUAAUGCGCACCAAGUCCCUUUAACCCAUCACCCCUGUGCAUUGGCUCCCAGUUUGGAAAAUAUUAGAUUUUAAAAUUCUCACCUCUGUUUUUAAAUCCCUCCAUAGCCUUGCCUCUCUUUGUAAUCUCCUCCAACCGUACAACCCUCCUAGAUCUCUGCACUCCUCCAAUUGUGAACUCCACCUCUCUCCUUCUCUUUGACCAAGCUUUUGGUCACAGCAAAACAUCACAGCCUGAAAGGGAGUGGGGGGGUGGGGUUCCCAGGCAGGACUGAGCAUCUGGAUUGGUGUUCCGGCAAUCCAAACACAUCGAGGGAUAAGGCCUUUAAUUUAUGUCCAUAAUGUGCUGAGUCUCUUCUCGAUUGGCAGGGUCUCAGGGUCAGAGAUGCAGGAACCCAUUAGUGUGUCCAAUGCAUUUGACACUAAGUAGGCCUGAAGGCUCAUAGUGCAGGUCCCUGGUGUCCAAUGCAUAGCUACACUGAGUGCCCCAGGUCACAUUAUUGUUCAUCUUAUUUGAUUAUAACUCACUAGGCUUCACUCUGUGUCUGUGAACCAGUCACUAACCAAUUUCUGAUGGAAUGUUAGGCGAGGAGAAAGGAAGCUGACUCGUUGAACUUUCAAGGUUCUUGAAUGAAAAUGAAACUCAGUGAGAGACACAAGGUGGAAUCUUCUGCUCUCAUCGGUGGUGCUUGAGCUUGGAGCCGGGAAGGGCAUUUACUUAGGUGGGGUGGUGGCGUACCUGAACGUCUUUCCACCUCCACCAAAAUUAAAUUCUGGGCGGGAAGGCCCAUGGUCGACCUUCCCGCCCCGCCGACCCUUGAGGGUGGGGCCCUUAAGUGGCCAAUUAAUGAGUCAUCCUGCCGCCGCUGGUAUUAACCCAGCUGCAAGUGGGCCUGUUGCCAUGACAGGUGAACACAUGCGACCAGCUUGUCACCUUGAGGGUCCCUCUAUCAAAGGCACUCAGUGCCUGAUCGAGGGGCUGGACAUCAGGUGGGGUGGGCCUGCUGAGAGCCACCAUUCUGCUGUUGCUUCUGAAGCCAUUGUCCCCCUCUCUCCCUGUGAACCCCCGCCACAUGAAAUGCACCCCCCCCCCAGUUCCCCAUUACUUACUUGUAGCCAAGGUCCUCUGCGAUCCUGGGACAGUGUCCUUCCAGCAGCAGCCACGGCCUCCUCAGUGGCACAAGAGCUGCUGACCUCUGAUUGGCUGGCAGCCCUCAUUAGGUGGGACUUCCAUCCCUAGGGUCUUGAUUCCAGGGCAAGGCCCACUGCUGGCCUUGCCACUGCCUGUUUGGUGGGUCUUCCUGAAAAGAGGCAGUGCACCGAAAAGAGAAAUGCUCUUGCCAGCAGGCGAAAUCCCCAGUGCCAUAGCAAGAUUCUGGCUGUGUAGUAGUCAGUUGAUCUGAUAAUGUCCAUUUUACACUAUCAACCAGAGAGAUAUUUCUCCCCCUCCCCACCCCCCCAAAUUGUGUAUUUUCCAGGGAAGACAGCGUGGGCACAUCAGCACUUACCAUUAAAGUACAAUGAGAGAGGUUGAAAUUGUGAAAUGACUUUAAUGCAAUUUUUACAGGAUAUGGAGGAAUCAGUGGGAUGGAAUUGCACUGUGCAAUUUAGAGUGAGCACACAAGCAUAUUUACAAAGUUUUCCCUUAUCUACUGUUUUAAGAAAGGCACCAACCCCUCUUAAGAUAACAGAGAAAGGAAUUUCACAUGACAGCAUGAGUGCUUUGAUACUGUUGUUUCAUCCUGAUGAUGCUUGGUUUCUUGUGGGUCUGGCCUGUCUGCACAGAGACUGUCUCCUUUCAGGGCCGAUAUAAUCAGCUAUCAUUGAGGAGUGAUCAAUGAAAAGAAUCAAAGAAAAGAAAUCAAAUUUAUGUAUUCUUGUGAAACAUCUGUAAUUAUUGAAAUUUAUAAUUGAUAUGUAAGUUAAUGUGUGAAAGACAUUCUGAUUUUCUGGUCCUUAAGGCCCGAUUGCUGGUUCAUCAAGGCUGCCGCUCAGUCAUCGUGGCUGGAGCAUCAUGACCAGACAGUUCAUUCCUUCCUGCCUCAUCCUAAUGGCCAUGUCUUCUUCUGGGAGUAGAAUUCCCACUGCUGGUUGGACAUAUUCCUGGAGGUUUCACCAUGUGAACUUGUGCUUCCAGCCAUCCCACGCUCUCAUUGGUUGCCUGAAACACCCAUUCUAUUUUUAUAUUCGCUCCUAGAAUCUGAGCAUCGCUGACAAGGCCAGCAUUUAUUGCUCAUCAUUAAUUGCCCUUGAGGAGGUGGUGGUGAGCUCCUACAACUGAGGGGCUUGCUCGGCCAUUUCAGAGAGCAGUUAGGAGUCAACCACAUUGCUGAGGGCCUAGCGUCACAUGUAAAGAAAAGGAAGACGUGCAUUUAUAUAGCACUUCUCAUGACUACCAGACCUCUCAAAGUUUUUCACAGCCAAUGAAGUACAUUUGAAGUGUAGCCAUUGUCAUAAAACAGAAAGUGUGGCAGCCAAUAUGCAAUGUGACAAUGAGCAGAUAUUCUAUUUUUUCAUGAUGCUAUAUUCGUAUAUCCAACAGAAGGAGGCCAUUUGGCACAUUGUUUCUGUGCUGGCUCUUUGAAAGAACUAUCCAACUAAUCCCAUCUACCCUUUUCAUGGCCUGAAAAUUUUUCCUUCUCAAGUACUUAUCCAGUAUCCUUUUGAAAGUUGCUAUUCAAUCUGCUUCCGCCUCCCUUUCAGGCAGUGCAUUUCAGAUCAUCAUAACUCACUGCGAUAUCUCUGGUUGGGUUUGGUUUCAAUGCACAAACAGUCAAAUGAGUCCAGGGAUCAGGUUGAGCAGUUAACCCAUAAAGGGGAGAUUUUAACCCUGCCCACACCCUGCAUUAAUUGCAGAGAUAGGCACUUGAAUUUGGCCACCAGUGUCCUUCUGAGAAGACAGGGAGGGGCUCCUGUGCUGACCUUCUUUAAAUAUGUUAAGAUCACCUCUCAUUCUAAUGAUUGUAGGCCUAAUAUUUUUUAAACUUUUCUUCUAGGGUCAGGAUGAGCAGGAAUGGUGUUCUGGGCUCCACAUGGAAAGUUUAGGCUUUCACUCUACCCUGAACUCCACCUAUUCACCCCAUCCCCAUCCGACAAAUCACCAAGCCUAUCUCAAAAUCCCUGCCCGCUGGCUACUGAUGGAAGCUGAAUGCUUAGGGGGUUAAAAUCUCACUCUGUCAAGGUCAGGACCGUUUGCUGCGAUGGGGAAAAAUGGGAUACAGUAACAGCUGAGACCUACUGUUGUAGGGUGGCCAAGUUGUACUAUUAAUGAUAGAGUUGAUCAGCAGACACUUCUUGGGUGGAAACUUAAAGCUUAUUUAUAAUAUACUGAGCGGCAACUACACGUGUUCUUUCAACUCCAACUCCAGCUCUACACUGACUGCUGAGGUGGCCCAUGCUACUCUCCUAUUGGUUACUACAGAUCAUGUGAUCUUGCCUACCAAGUAUUAU